GGUGUUGAAAAAAAAUCCGAAAGAAACUAAAUGCUCAACUUUUAAGUUUGAUUAGUUCGCCUCGAUUUAAUACUUUUUUUAACACAUUAUGAACGAUAUAUAGUUUCAACGCUGUGACGUUAUUAUUCUAGUACUUAUGUUAAAAUAUCUAUUUACGUUUGUGUAUGUUUUGAUUUGAUCGUGAGCGGAAUUUGAGCGAAGUGAAAUUGUUAUAUUAAUAUAAUAAUUGUUGAAGUAAAUCUUUUGCUUUUAUAAAAUGUUGUUUUACUCAUUUUUCAAGUCUCUUGUGGGGAAAGAUGUGGUAGUAGAGCUAAAAAAUGACUUAAGUAUUUGUGGAACUCUGCAUUCUGUUGAUCAGUAUUUGAAUAUUAAGUUAACUGAAAUUAGUGUGACAGAUCCUGAAAAAUAUCCUCAUAUGCUCUCAGUAAAGAAUUGUUUUAUUAGAGGAUCUGUGGUGAGGUAUGUCCAACUUCCAGCCGAUGAAGUUGACACACAACUGCUUCAAGAUGCUGCAAGGAAAGAAGCUGCUCAAAGCAAACAAUGAUAUAGCAUUAUAAUUAAGUCUCAUCUUUUUUCCUCAUUCUCUUUUGUGUAUAAAAUCAUCAUUUUGUAAGUUACAAAAUAAACAAAUUUUGUUAUUAUUAGUA